AUGACGAGAACACAAUUCAGGACUCUUCCGCAAUCUCGUGUUUCAAUAAUCGAAUAUCGAAAGGUGGAGGGUUCCUACAAGUUCAAUUCGCUGGCAUGUGAUGUUAUUAAACCAGAGCUGGGAUAUAUUCAAGAGUGCGCCAUUAAGGCAGUCGAUAGGAAGCGUAAUAUGAUCAAUAUUGUGGCGUAUCUUAACAAAAGCAUUACAGACUUUGAAAUCCAAUUUAGAAUGGUGAAACGCGAAAGCGGUGGCUGGCAUCCUUUUCUAUAUGAAAUGAGAGUAGAUGCUUGCAAGUUCUUCAGUAACCGCAGAAGGUUAUUUAUUCCCAAUUUAAUAUACUCAGCUCUAAAGCGUUUUACGAAUGUUAAUCACACAUGUCCGUAUUUGGCUGGUACCGUUUUGAGUCUGUGGAAUUGGAGCCCAGUUGAAGCGAAAGUUUUAGAGAAAUUUCCCGUAGAAUUCGGUCAAUAUGGAUUACAAACAACUUGGUACUCAGGCAAAAUGCGUGUUGUGGAGAUUAAUGGCUCAGUUUUAUAUUUUAAAUGAUUUAUAGUUAUUUAAUAUUAUGAUUUUCAAGCUCAAAGAAUUAUAGUUGCUGUGCCUUUUUUGGGAAAUUCGC